AUGAGAUUUAUAUUGCUUUUAUUAUCAGUUAUUUUAUUAAAAUUCGUUUCUGCAUCUGUACCAGCAUAUGGUAUUUGGAAUGGUGAAGAAAAUGAUGUUAUUAUUGGGAAAUUAGAUUAUUCAGAUUCACCAAGUUAUUCAAAAAUAUUUUCAUUGGAAAAUAGUACUUUAGUUAGUUCAAACGACAACCCACUUUCAACUAUUAAUAGAUUAACCAAUACAAUAUAUUUCAUUACUAAAAAUGAUGCUAAUCAAGAUUCAUUAUAUUUAUAUUCAUUUGAUUUUGAAAGCAAUCAAGUUCAAAUGGUUUUAGAAUAUUUAUCAAGUGACCUUCAAAUCCAUGCUAUUGAAUCAGCACAAACUACCAAUGAUCUUGAUUUAUUAAUUGUUUAUAAAUCUAAAAUCUAUCAAAGUCAAAACUAUUUUGUUGGCAGUCUCAGCAUUCAAUAUGGUGUUCCAGCUCUCUAUGGUCCAGUUACAGGUAACUUUUUAUCAGCUACUUUUAAUACCGAUUCACAAACCAUUGAUGUAUUUUCAGCAUCAUUAAACUCAAACAGUUUAUUCAUUACAUCUUAUGCCCUCUUUGGAUCUUCAAAAGCCACACAAUUAAAAUCAAGCUCUAAUGUAAAAUCUGGUUCACUUUUAACCUAUUCAUCAAGUUUAUCAUCACUCUUCUCUAUUGCUAAUGUUAAUAGCAAACCAAGUAUUAUUAAUAUUAAAGAUGGUGAAAUUUCAGUAUUAGAUUGGAUGAAUAAUAAUAAUCCAAAACAAGUCCAACAAUACUCCUCCAUGGUUUUUAAAUAUUCCUCUGCUUACCUUUCAGUUACUUAUUCAGAUGGAACUUUUGGACUUCAUGUUUUAAAUAAUUAUGGUUUAAUUGCUACAAUCCAAACUCCAUUCUUAUUAAAUAACUAUUGGUUUAUUUAA